UCCCGCGACACAAGAUGGCGCUGCCCCUUGCCGUCCGCCGGGGCGUGUACCGCUGGGGAAGCAGGCGAUGGGGGGCCCCUGCCGGGGAAGCCCGGAGAGGCAUCAGUUUCAAACUAGAAGAAAAAACUGCCCACAGCAGCCUGGCACUCUUCAGAGGUGACACGGGUGUCAAAUAUGGCUUGGUGGGACUGGAACCCACCAGGGUGGCCCUGAAUGUGGAGCGCUUCCGGGAGUGGGCUGUGGUGCUCGCAGACACCCCUGUCACCAGUGGCAGACACUACUGGGAGGUCACGGUGAAGCGCUCCCAGCAGUUCCGGAUAGGAGUGGCAGAGGUGGACAUGUCCCGGGACAGCUGCGUCGGUGCUGAUGAUCGCUCCUGGGUCUUCUCCUAUGCCCAGCGCAAGUGGCACAGCAUGUUGGCCAAGGAAAAAGCCCCAAUUGAAGGUAUUGGACAGCCGGAGAAGGUGGGACUGCUGCUGGACUGCGAGGCCAAGAAGCUAAGCCUGGUGGAUGUGAGCCAUCGCUCUGUGCUGUGCACACUACAGACAGAUUUCCAUGGCCCAGUGACGCCCGCUUUUGCCCUUUGGGAUGGAGAGCUGCUAACCCACUCAGGACUUGAAGUGCCCAAGGGCCUCUAAUGUGGCCAUUGUCCAAGUCCCUUAAUCAUCCUCACAAUCACUUUUCUGUUCUUAGUGUCUAAAGCUGUUUUUCUUUGUCUCAAGCAACUGGUAGCUCACAAUUCGGUUGGGAUCCUUUGUGCAGUAUUUUAGCUAUCUUCCUCUGGUCCUUACCCAGUGAAAGCUAGGUAUACAGCCAAACUUUGCCCUCCUUACUGCCAGUUUCCUAGAUCAUCGGGUGAAUUUUCUCCUCGAGUUGCUUCCUUGGGUCCUUGUACUGUGCCCGGAUGUCUUAGACUGUCCCGUCCUGGGGUCCUGGCAUUUGAGUCGCUACCUCUCCUUCCCUUACCCAUAUGUAACUUGUUUUGGGGGUUCACCAGAUUCUCCAGAAUAAAUGCUUUCUACCUCUGGCUGGAGGAGGGUUAGCUGCAAACAUGGCCUUUUGUCUGAUGCACCUCAGAUCCUGGCUCCCUCAGAGCUUUCCUGACUCAGUGAGCACCUCAAUACCACAGACGGCAGUCCUACAACCAUGCAGCUAUCCGCACUGUUGAGUCCAUCUGUCUUCUGCACACCUUGGAUACCCAGCCAGUUGUCAAAACCAUUGUGCCAGUUAUGUGACGAAGGGGAAGAGACAGUAGGGAGAUGUGUGGUCUGGAGUGCUGGAAACUACCCUGGAGAAGCUCCUUCUGCUAUCAUCCAUAGCCAGAGAAAAGGGGAGUUUGACAUAAUCCAUUUUGGAGCCUGUUCAGACCUACAACUCUCACCCCCCAUGGCCACAGAAUAAACUCAAAGCAUUAUUUUGGGUUGAGGAAAGCCUGGUGGAAUGAGUGAAUAUGUAUGUGAAAUAUAUAGUUUGGACUUUGA